GUCUAUUAUAAUCUCUCUCUCUCUAGCUCUCUCCCACUUUCUCUCUUUCUCCCUCUCUCUCUUCACAUCCAUAAUCCAAAAGGAAAAAAAACAAUUAACAUUAAAAAGCUUGUUAUUUGAAGGGAGGGUGAAAGAAAAAUAAAUAACUCAAAAAAAGGAAGUGUAUUUUCUAAAUUCAUAUGUAGAAAAAGAUUAUUAUUAGCAACAAAGAAUAUUAAUUAAGGGAAAAUGGGGGCAUAUAGGGCUGAUGAAGAUUAUGAUUAUUUGUUUAAAGUUGUGCUUAUAGGUGAUUCUGGUGUUGGCAAAUCAAAUUUGCUUUCUCGAUUUACAAAAAAUGAAUUUAGCCAAGAAUCUAAGUCUACAAUUGGUGUUGAAUUUGCAACACGUACCAUACAUGUUGAUGACAAGAUUAUCAAAGCUCAGAUUUGGGAUACUGCUGGCCAAGAAAGGUACCGUGCCAUCACAAGUGCAUAUUAUCGAGGAGCAGUGGGUGCCUUACUGGUUUAUGACAUAACUCGCCAUGUAACAUUUGAAAAUGUAGCAAGAUGGCUCAAGGAACUCAGAGACCACACAGAUCAAAACAUCGUCGUCAUGCUUGUCGGAAACAAGGCGGAUCUUCGCCACCUCCGAGCCGUUCCCACGGGCGAGUCGAGUGGUUUUGCAGAAAGAGAGAACACAUUCUUCAUGGAAACAUCUGCACUAGAGGCUCUCAAUGUAGAAAAUGCCUUCACAGAAGUGCUCACUCAGAUUUAUCGAGUCGUCAGUCGAAAAGCUCUUGAUAUAGGAGAUGAUCCGACUUCUGUGCCAAGAGGACAAACAAUUAACAUUGGCAAAGAUGAUGUAUCUGCUGUUAAGAAGGGUGGAUGUUGUUCCGGUUAAGCAAAAGGAUCGAUCCAGAGGCGAAUCCAGAAUCUAGAGUCAGCAGGUUCAGAAUGAGUGCGAACUUUUUUUUGGUAUACAUCUACAUAAUUGAACCUGUCCUAGAUCCGCCUCUGAAUUGAUCGAUCGAUCAACUAACUAGCUGAUGAUUCAACCAACUUGAUUUAAUCAGGGAUGCAAGUAUAUAUAUAUA